UAAAACCCAUAUUAGACAGAGUAUUUGGCUUCUUUUCCUGUGGCAAGUGAGGUGAGCGGGCGAGUGGGCAAAAAUCAAAUCCACACAAGAAUGGAAGUAUGGCAUGGGUCGGUACUCGUACCUCCCUGGCGGCGUACUCCGUGCGUUCUCUCAGGUUUCUUGUCUUCCAAAAGCCCCAUAGAUGGCAUCAUGGAUUGCCGUUGACUGAAGGGUGGAUCAGCAUAGUGUCAGCUGCAUCCUGCGUACGGAGCACAAGCGUGUACAGCCGAGUACGUACGAACCCGCUCUUGAUCCAGCUUGUUCCAUGUCGAGAGGCUGUACCGGUACAUAUUCUCGUGUUUCUAGAGGCAUGCCAACAAGGAAAAUAAUCACGGCAGACUAGCGUCCACCUCGAUCCGCAGCUGCCGUAGUGACAACUA